GCUAAACACCUUCCUGUGAGAUCAUCUUGUGCUCCAGCUAGAUUAUCUGGUGCCCCCACCAGCACCUUGCCAUCCUCCAGGGCUUUUCCAUCUUGCCCCUUGGAGAGCUGGGUGGGGGCUUGGUGAUUGUGAGUGAGCGGAGGCCUGUCUGGGGCAGCAAGUUCCAUCUGUGCGGCCCAGCUGGGUAGCUCUGCUCCCAGAAGGAGCAACAAGCUAGCAGGAGCUUUCCCCAGAACUGGAAGGGGUGGGGGCGUUUCCCCAGGGGUCGACCUACAGUGGGCAGUCCUGGGACCACCCUAUAAACCAGUCUGAGAGGAAGUAAGCUGAUUGACUGCUCAGGCAGCUGAUUGGAGUGCCCGGCGGGCGGCCUGUUGAUGCCCCGAGGUUUGUCCGUCUCGUCCGUAUAGAAGUUGCCUGUGUAAAACUCUUUUCUGUGCCUCUGCGUUUGCACUGCUUGAGGAAGGCAAAGCCGGCUGAGUUAAUGCCUAGACUGCUUGAAUGACAGAUUAAUCAGCCACUCGAUGGGGAUUAACGGUGGAGCAGUUCUUUGUGUCACCUUCCCACCUUUGUGUAGCAAGCAAAACAACUUCAGCACCUCUUCAAUAAUAAUUAUGAAACUGGUAUUAACUGAAUGGCAAUUAUGGAUUUUUAACUCUAGUUCACAGUAAACGUGAAACAAACCAGCAAGCCAUAUGUUGAAUCUCCUACCAAAUAGCUUUUUGUUCCUCUAAAUGUUUCAAAGCCUACGUGUGAAAUUGAUGACGAAACCUGUUUGCAACGAGGGGAAUUACAAAUAUUGCUUGCAUGAGGAACACGACGCCAUCGGAAAGAGAAGACACCGUAACUUAUUGUUAGAGAUGAUAGUGUUAUUUAUAUAGAUAUAAAUAUAUUAUAUUUUUAUGGUAAUGAAAAUGGCUCCCCAGAAUGCUGACUCGGAAUCUAUGCAAGUUCAAGAGCUCCCUGUGGUACAGCUCCAGAAACCAGAAAACGAGAAUGAGAGUAAAGAGGAGACCAUAAGCGAAGGGUCAAUAGACCGGAUACCUGUCCGUCUCUGGGUGAUGCAUGGUGCCGUCAUGUUUGGCCGGGAAUUUUGUUACGCCAUGGAGACAGCUUUGGUGACACCAGUAUUGCUACAAAUUGGUCUUCCUGAACAGUACUACAGCCUCACAUGGUUCCUUAGUCCAAUCCUGGGUCUGAUCUUCACCCCUUUGAUAGGUUCCGCUAGUGACCGCUGCACUCUCAGCUGGGGCCGCCGGCGGCCGUUCAUCCUUGCCCUCUGCAUCGGUGUCCUCUUUGGCGUGGCCCUUUUCUUAAACGGCUCCGUGAUCGGUCUAGCCAUCGGAGAUGUCCCAGACAAGCAGCCAAUCGGCAUUGUUCUCACUGUGCUCGGGGUGGUCGUCUUGGAUUUCUGUGCCGACGCGACAGAGGGACCGAUCCGAGCCUAUCUGCUCGACGUGGUGGACAGUGAAGAGCAGGACAUGGCUCUCAAUAUCCAUGCUUUCUCAGCUGGGCUUGGAGGAGCCAUCGGCUACAUGUUGGGUGGCCUGGAUUGGAUGCAGACCUUCCUUGGGUCCAUCUUCAAAUCCCAAGAGCAAGUCCUCUUCUUCUUCGCUGCCAUUAUUUUCUCUGUCUCCGUCGUCCUCCACCUUUGCAGCAUUGAAGAAGAACAGUACAACCCACAGCAAGACAGAAUUGACGACGAAGCAGAUACCCUCUCAAGCGUCAAGCUGAGCGGCAGCAUUCCUCCUCUGAAUCGACUAAAUGUCAUCAGCGAGGAAGACCCGUAUGGGAACUCCAUGUUCCAUGAUGAGGUCCAGUCAGAACGAGACCUCAACAUGGAGUUUCUGGAGGUGGAUAUCGUGCGGAGCAAGAGCGACUCUGUCCUGCAUAUGCCCGAUGCCACCCUCGAAAUUGAAUCUGAACUGCUUUUUCUCCAUGACAUUGAGCCUUCCAUUUUCCAGGACUCUUCUUACCCAAACACCCCUCACAGCACCAGCCAGGAACUCAUGAAGUCCAAAUUCAACCGCCUGUCUGCUUUCCUCAGGGAAAACGAGAAAGAGGAGGAGAUGUUACUUGAUAAUCACUUGAAUGAAGCCAAAGUUCCCAACAGCAAUGGCUCCCUACCAAAAGAUCUCCUGAAUGGACAUGCUCAGAUUGGCAUGAAGCAGUCGAGCACCUCAAACUCCAUGCGCAGGCGGCGGCACAUGUUCUACCGCCAGCCCUCCUACACCUUCUCCUACUACGGCAAAAUCGGCUCUCACCGUUACCGCUUCCGACGGGCCAACGCCAUUGUUCUGAUCAAGUCCUCCCGGAGCAUGAACGACAUCUAUGACAUGCAGAAGAGGCAGCGGCAGAGGUACAGGCACAGGAACCAGAGUGGCGCCACCAACUCCAGUGGAGACACAGAGAGUGAAGAAGGGGAAACGGAAACCACCGUCAGGCUCCUGUGGCUCUCCAUGCUGAAGAUGCCCAAGGAACUCCUCCGGCUUUGCCUCUGUCACCUCCUGACCUGGUUUUCCAUCAUUGCUGAAGCUGUCUUCUAUACUGACUUCAUGGGGCAGGUCAUCUUUGACGGGGACCCCAAGGCUCCUUCCAAUUCCACCGAACUGUAUGCCUACAAUGCUGGUGUUCAGAUGGGCUGUUGGGGAUUGGUCAUCUAUGCUGCUACCGCUGCUGUGUGUUCAGCCUUACUACAGAAAUACUUGGACAACUAUGACCUUAGCAUACGCGUGAUCUACAUCUUGGGCACGCUGGGAUUCUCCAUUGGUACAGCGGUGAUGGCCAUUUUCCCCAACGUGUAUGUCGCCAUGAUAAUGAUCAGCACCAUGGGCAUUGUCUCUAUGAGUAUAUCCUACUGCCCCUAUGCCCUUUUGGGGCAAUACCACGACAUCAAGCAGUAUAUUCACCAUAGCCCUGGAAACUCAAAGCGAGGUUUUGGCAUCGACUGCGCCAUCUUGUCCUGCCAGGUCUACAUCUCUCAGAUCCUGGUGGCCUCCGCACUGGGAGGAGUAGUGGAUGCCGUGGGCACAGUCCGGGUCAUCCCUAUGGUGGCUUCGGUGGGCUCUUUCAUGGGUUUUCUGACAGCCACUUUCUUGGUGAUUUACCCCGAUGUCGGCGAGAGUCCGAAGGAAGAGCAGAAAGGACUGGCCCCUCCCGAGACAACGGAAAGCAACGGCAUGAAGGAGGAGAAACCAACCGUGAUCAAGCUCUCCCGAAAAGAAGCCACCUCCCUGGAAGUGGAAAGCGAAUCGACCGUUUGAGCAAAUCACCGUCAUUCACACACAUUCCAAGCAAUUCAGGUGCAUGAAUCAGAACAUUGUUAAAAGCAAAAUCUGAACGUUCAAAAGACAUCCAUGCUGCCCAACUUGCAGCAACAAUUAAUGGUUCUUUCAUGCAAAAAUGUAGAUGAAAUUCCAUAGUCCUAGGGUAGCCUUGAAUAGGUAGCUUUGAAGCGGCUUUGCUUUCUCUACAAUCCAGAAGAUCUCCUUUCUGAGAGGUUUUUUUAAUGAAGUGCAGUGCACCUGGGCUUCAAAGGUAACAUCGAUUGGCAGUACAUUUUCUUCUUACCUGGUUUUUAAAAACGCCAUAGCAGUUUUCUCAAAAUACUUAACUAUCCAUUUGAUCAAAUUAUUUGUUGCAAUUUUCAGACUGUAAUUGAAAUCAAAAGCAAUUCUGGCUGCAGCUUUUGCAACAAGAUUACUAUUUUUCUGUCGUUUUGGCCUGACCCCUUCAGCCCUCGCGAAUCAGUUGCAUUAAUCAAAAUGGUAUAUUGGAGAAUCAAUGCAAUAUUGGCCUGACAGCUGCAAUUUGGGAAGUGGGGGGGGGGUGUUUCCCUCUCAACAUUAAUCUGGGUUUUGUGAUGUUUGGUGCAUUUGCCACAAGGUAUUUUUCUUCCCAGACUUCUUUUAGCAGAUUGCUGCAGUUAGUGAGGGGACUGCUGUUGGUUUGAGGUUUUUUUGUUUUGUUUUUUUAAGCCGUGCAGAACAUCUGUCGCUAGCAGCUGUUGUUUCUGCAGCAUGAUCUGUCUGCCAGAGUCAGAGAGGUUUUGGUGAACAGAAACGGUUUUUAUUUGGCUUCAGACAACGUGGCGUUUUAGGGAGCACCAUUGGAAGAUGCUGUGACCAUUGUGACCAGGGAGCUGGUCAAAUUGUGAUUUUCUUUUCUUUUCUUGUGACAUUUAAAAGCCAAUCAUCUCCUUUGUGAUGAAGCUGUUCUGGGAAUGGGGGGGAUCCCCUCUUUCGGUUUCUUCAAAUGGGUCAUGAGGGUCCCCUUGUUUAGAAGGGGUUGUUGAUUGCACUUUUUCUGAACUUCUGGGCUGGAAAUUGUGAUAGCAAGGUUUGUUUAUUUUUUAAAAAGUAGUUUCGCUGUGACCAGCGGAAACCAAAGGCCUACCUCUGAUACUGCAGCCUAGAGUGUGCGUGUGUGUGGUUAUUAUUAUUUUUAAUAAUGUCUCUUGAAACAGCUUUGGGCCUUAAAGAAUCCAACAUUUUAAAAAUGCUGUCUGUUUUUUCUUCGCCAAGGAGUUAUGCUGGAGUCUUACUGACCUGUUUCCCCCUUUCCUUUCAACCCAAACUCUUUGACCCCCACUCCCUCAUGGCUUUAACUUUAUACUGGUUUCAGGACAAUAGUGGAAACACACAAAGGAGGGCACUGCUUAAGUGCACGGCUGGGCUUUUAGCAAGGCCCAGAUCACUGGCAGGCCAGACUCUGACACUACGCCAGGUCAGUAUUUGGGACGAACAGCCUGUUAAGAGAAGGUCAUUGGGAGUAGUCAGCUUAAGAGUUCUCACCCGAAGGAAGAGCUUCUUCGUGGAAGUUCCCUACUGCUUGCAGAGCGCGCAUCUCAGGGAGGCCGCAGCUGGUUCCAGACCAAGGGCAGCGGAUCAGGGCCUCUCUUUGGAUAUUUCUGCUGCUUCAGAUGCAGCACUUUCAAAUGCAUGUCUUGAACCAUGCUGCAGGUAUAGCCAUUCAGAAGCAAAUAUCUACCUAUCUAUCUAUACAUUUACAGUACAUAUAUAUAAAUAUAUUUCAGAAUGAAAAGCAGUUUUUAAUUAAUUACUUGAAUUGUCAAUAUAUUUAAAAAGAAUUUGUAUGUCUGACAUAGCUAAAGCGAUAAUCAUCUUGCAGGCGUCUUUGGAUAGUUUGGCAGCAACUUCCCCAGCUUUUCUAGCUGUGCUCUUUGGUUCCUCAGUUCAUGCUUUUUACCUGCGUUGGGGUGAACAGGCUCUUUGUAGACCGAUGAGAUUUCAUAAAAUGCUCAUUUUAUACAGGGUUUUGCAGAAUCUUUUUUUUUAUUAUUAUUAUUAAAACAUUUGAAAAAGACUCAGUUCUUUUCCUCAAAAGAACACCACUUGGAGCAUUUGGUUUUAAACUGGUUUCCAGGGGGCAACAUAAAUCCUACAGAAGCAAUCCGGUUGGGACAGGCGUUCUCAAACUUGGGUCCCCAGAUGUGGCUGGACUACAACUCCCAUCAUCCCCAGCCACAGUGCACAGGCUGUUGUGACUGGGGAUGAUGGAAGCUGUAGUCCAACCACAUCCAGGGACCCAAGUUUGAAAACCCCUGUUAGGGAAGUAGAUCUUGCAAGCCUUUAUAGCCAAGAAUGUUCUCUCUACUGUUAUUAUCUGAUCCUAUUUGCCACACCAAAUCGCAAGACAGCCUUUGUUUAACUGCAGGACUGGCUUUUCUUUUGAAAACUUGACAUAUUAUUUUAAAUGGAUGUCACUUUCAAGAAACUAUUUCACCUUCUUCGCAAAGGAUCCCAUUUAGGUGUUCUGGGUGGCCUAUAAAAAUAACACGUUGCCACUUUGGGCCUGAUCAUAUUUUAGGAGAAGGAAAACUAAUUUGUUGGUUUUUUGUUUUGUUUUUUAGAUCUUAAUCACUCUUUUUCAAUUGAAUGCCCCCUUAAUGCCAUUUGAAUCCUAGCUGUUUUGCCUUGUAACUUCUCUUGCUUAGAAGGCUUGUUUUCACCUGGUUCAGUGUUCCUCUGCUGGAACCAUUCAAGGUCAAGAAGGCAAGGGAUGUCUCCAGUGGUGACUCUUAUUUAGGGUGGUGGGUCCUGUUCAGAGGACUCACAUCGUGGCUGCUUCUAAGGCUUAGUCCAAAUGGGAGACUUCCAGCUCUUCCCUGGGCCCUAUAUAACCUCCUGCUUCCCAAACCAUUCCAACAGUUGCUGGAUUACCUUUUUAGCUUCACCUUCAUGCAUUGGUGUUCUAUAAACCUCCCACUGCAAUAACAGCACCAUCUUUUAAUAUUUCUCUGGUUUCUCUGAACUUGAUCUUUCUUAAAAACAAAGCAACAAAACAGAAAUCUGGCCAGUCUGGAGACUGGGCAGUGUCUUGAAUUCUAGAGAGGAGAAACUUUCUGGCAGGACUUGGGAGUAGCAGAAGCCACACAGAAAUGUGGCCCUCCUUCAUGUUACGGAGAGACAGCAGCUAGAGUUUAUGCUGUGAGUGGCUUUAAAGAGAGAGUGCUUCUCUUUUGGUUUUGUUAUAUCGCAUCUUCAUCUUGGUCUUUGGUGCGUCUGGCUUACGGCCACAUUUCACAUUGAAAGCCUCCAAUGCUUGUAUUGUUGGCAUCUAGUAGCUGAUCAUUAUAGCAGCAUCUCUCAGAUUUUAUUGGCUUUAAGAGGCUUGAAUGUAACCCUUUUGGAAAUUAUAGGAGUUGAUUUCCAGUGACGACUUCCAGUUGACUUGAAAACAGGCUUAUACAUUUAAGUUCACUGGAGGAGCGAGAAAAGCAAUAACCUUUUUAAAGACAUUGGUUCUUAUUUGCACAUGGGUAUUAUGACCCAACUGAACUUUUAAUACUACAUCUGAUCAGUAAUACUCCUACUGGAUUCUGUCAUUCAGACUUGUUUCGAGACUCCCAGUCAAGUCACACAGAAACUUGGUCCUCCUUCAGCCAGUGGAGAGAGAGGCGAACAGCUAGCAUUUUUAUUUCAGGCUGCCCCUUGAAAGUGGGGAAUCUAAAGACAUCUUGGAAGGAUCUGCAAAAGAAGGGGCUUCACUGUGGACCUCCCAGCUCCACGAAUCGCCACUUUCCUCUUGAUUCUUCCUAACUGCUGGCCCUUAUGGAGGAACUCCUGGCAAAUGUUUUCCCUGGACUGGACUUCGAAGCUAUUUUUAAAGAUAAGUUUAGGUCUGGGAUGCGGGAAUGACUGCUUUCCAGCUUUCCUCUCUGAUUUUGAAUUCCUUCCGCCAAGAUCUGUUUGUUAAGGUUGUGGCUGGAAACGACAUCAGGUCUGACAUUCAGAACAGAACUGCAUUGCAGGAGGGGUGAAUACCUUGCUUGUUGUUUUUGCUGCAAGGUGCCAAGACCUUACAAGGCCGUUGAAGCAGGCUACAGCCACUUUGGCUCCUAUCCAUGGUCUUUAGAGGAGGCUUUGAAUGCCGUCUCAAGGCACUCUUUCAUGUUGUGGAGGGGGAGAGUGACAUUGUUGUCUCACAGUACCUUUUAAUUCCUGCUGUCAGGUGGCAAGCCAGGGCUGAUGGGAUCCCUCUCCCCGGAAGCACUUUUUGACAGCAGGAACUCAACUGUUUCCGUGUGUUUCUUCUUUGCAGCUCACUUUCAGAGCUGACCUGGCUGUUUGGCACCUUCUGGUUUCACCUUUUUCUUUUUCUUUUAGUUCAGUCACUGUAAGCUUUUUCUUUAUUUAAAACUAAGCUGUUGGGGCCCGCCCGCCCCGUGGUUCUGCUGCUGUUGUCACUGUACCUCACAAAACAGUUUUCACUACAACAUUUCACACACACCCCAACCUGCUAACAAGAUGCGAUCAGCUAUCAGAUCCAUUUGUUGCUUCGUGUGCACAACAACCCUGCAUGGUUCCCGUCCCCCACCCUCAAGCGCAUGUAGCAACUUCAGUACCCGAAGCGUCUUUUUGUGAGAAAAAGGUGAUUGGUUUUUAUUAAUUUGCAGCUAUCCUUGUUUCUGUUUAUUGGCCAAAUAAAUGUAAUGGACACCAAAUGUUGCACAGAAAUGGGAAUCAAUGACUGUGUGGUGAGGAAAACAAACCAACCAAGGAUACCAAAAUGUUUUUUCUUCAACUAACUACAGAUUGCAGGGUCAGCCCUCAGGUGGUGAGUUCUGCAGGAAAACAAAGCUACAGCAUUAAAGUUCUGCAUUGGGGGUGAAAAGUCAUUUGCAAAAAAUAUAUAUAAUCUACCCAGAGUUCUGUGUUUCCAUGUUGCACCGCAAAUAAAAAGUUUUAUUUCCUAUGUAUCUUCUUGAUCAGUCUUUCUGCCACCUUUUUCUUUGAGGGGGGAACUCAGAUGGCUACUAACAAGAAAAUGUGAGGAGCAUAGACACAAUAAAUGCAGUUCCUACUGACACAACUUUCACCAGGCAGUUAGUCAGAUGGACAAUUGUUUACCUCAAAACAGAGAGUCAGUUGAAAUUUGAGAGUGUCCCUCCAAGAAGUGAAUUCUGGUCUUGGGCACCCUGUAGACCACUUCCAAGGUACCUUUUUUGCAGCCAUGGGCAUGAUUCCAGUGUUUGUGAUAACACACACAGAGCCAUGCUUUGUACAGAUUUGCCACACACAUGCGCGCGAGGCGCUUGUUGCCAGAGCUGUGAACAGAAACUGGGUUCCUGCACACUGUGCAGUCUACAGGCCCAUCUUUGAGCAAAUGCUAUGAAUAGCACAAAUCAGCAAACAUGUUGCACAGGGGUACCAGCUACGUGCACCCUGAGAGCUUUGAAGCUGCCAACGAGGGAGACUUCUAGCAGCUGUGCAAUCUCCACUCAGUAUUAUGCGCAGCUAUAGAAAAAGCUUGAAGCUGUUGAGAUUCCAUCUAAGCAUCUCUUUAAAGAUACAGGAACUGUCUCAUGGUUUGUGCCAGGCAUAGCUGACCUAACAAUGGAAUCACUCAUGGAAUCAUCCUACAGCUACAAAAUGUUACCUGGAAACUGGCCGUAUGCUUCACUUCUAACAUUUUCUGCUCUGCAGGAAGCUUGGCUUUUCUAUCGUGUCAACGGACUAGAAGGUCACACCCUGUAUUGCUCCCUGGAGCUUAGUAGGCAUUGGGCAUUUUCUGCAUAGCUGCCAGAAAGUGAACAUCAUGUGGUAGGGUGUGCCCAGGUGGUAAAAGCUCCCAGGAAAAUGUUAGCUUCCCAGCGUGAACCCCCAGAAACUUCAGGACAUGAGAGAACUCGUUGGGUUGAUCAAAUCAAAGACUAUUUAGCUCCCCCCGCCCCCAGAAAAUAGGAAACCACAUCUAAAAGAGCCAAGGAUGUAGUCAUCUCUAGCCUGGCCUUCAUCUUUGUUAGUGUUAAGUUCCAAAAUGUGGUUAAUUCAAAUACAAGCGUAUUAUUAUUCUGGGUUAUUUUAUUUGAGCAGUCUUUGCUGUUCCAAAUUACGCAUUUGCUCUUAUUUCUGCUGCAACAUGGACCUGAAACCUUGGUAGCCAGUGGCCAGCUGGAUUUUUAAAAUGCCUCACCUGGUGAAAAGCUGCAUAUAGGCAUCUCAUAAUGAAAAAUAUAAGUAAAUAUAUAUAUUUAGUUCCAUUGUGAACUGGCCAUAUGACAACUACGUUUUUAUCAACUUAUUAAGUUGGGGCACUAUACUAGCUCUUGCUGAGUUUAGCAAUGUUUAUAAGCGUGUGUUAAACACAUAAUGUUUAAUGAGGAAAAAGGGAUAACAAAAAAGAAAUGUGACAGAUGAAUGUGUCUGAGUGGAUUAGAUGGCAUAUUGUUCUGGGGUUUGAUUUCAACACGGAGCUUUCUUUUCUGGUUUGUAAGGUAAAGACUUGUUGCAUGAGAAACAGUUUAACUGUUCUGCACUUUUGGUCUGUUUGUAUAAUUUUUUUUUCUCCAUUUAUGGAUAGAAAAGGCUGAAUGUAGAUUUAAAAACAAAAACCACUAUUUCACAUUUACAUUGUGUUCAAUCCAUUGUUCAACAGUUCAAUCUUAAUAAACAUUUCAAUAUGA